GGACUUGAAGCAAGUUUACUCAGUCUCCCACAAUGCAUCAUCCAAUAUGGGCCCUGAAGUCCACAUCGCUCUUUCCUCUUCGAAACAUUUUAGUACAGAAACUCACUUUUUAGGUAUUUUUCUGCAGUGUGCGAGGGCGUAGCACAUAAACGAAGAUGUCAAGACAUAGGAAUGUCCGGGGAAUGGACUAUGGGGAGGAUUAUGAAGGCUACGAUGAUGUAUAUGGACACUCAGUGGAGGACGAUUAUGGAGUAUCUCCAUCUACAGCUGAGCAGUUCAUCUUCCAACGUAGCCUUCAGCAUCACCAGUUGGCAUCCUUUCUUGAGGAGGGGGAGGAGGAUUUGAAACGAGAGGAGGAGGCGGAUCUGGCCAGAAGAGACUCUGAGAGGUCCCUCAGUGAUCCCACCAACUUCCAGAAACCACAACUCUCGGAUAUUGAAGAGGCUCAGCUCCAGUCCUGCCUGGAGGAGGUCCGCAAUGUGGUCGGGGAGACGGUUCCUGAGCGCACCAUGAUAGAGAUGGCCGUGACGCACCACUUCAACUUUGAGAAGACGCUGAACGCUCUCCUAGACCAGCAGGAGAGCAGUGCAGGGAAUAAUAACAACAUGGAAACACAGAGAGGAGUUAGUGAUUUAACAGUAGAGAAACAAGGAAUUGUUGGAGGAGAGUUUGAAAAGAAAGCUGAUGGUUUAUUAAAAAUGAAGGGUCAGGAAGUAGUAUCUGAAGACUCCAUCAGAAAUUCUGCUUUAAAUGUGAAUUCAGGUUCCCUUUCAGAUGUCAUCAAAUCCAGAGAGGUACCACAUCAAAAACCAUCUCCAAAAGUAUCAAAACUUCCCCUUGCGGAUCUUAUUGAAGCUCACCAUUCCCCCAAACUAUUCCCUUCUCCAGCCCCAGCCAAAGCAAAUGCAGGGGUCCUGCCAAUGUCUUCGUUGCCCCUGUCCGCUUUGGCCAAUGCUCAUCUUUCUUCACCCCCAAGAGGAAGUAGUAUAGCCCAAGGUCAGGGGUCACUGUCACUGUCUGAGCUUGCUGGGUCACACUUGGGUGAAACCAAGGGAACAGCAGGCGGGGGAGUUUUGUCAGGACGGUCCUUGUCUGAAUUGCCGCAACGUUCUCUUUGCUCUACUCCACCGAGGCAACCCCCAACCAAAGGAAGCUUUCCAGAGGGAGGUCAUGGAUUGAAGCCAGUUGCAGGGAUCUCUCUUUCAGAUUUAGCCUCUGCCAAUCUCUCUGCAAACCCAACUGAAGUUCAGUCCAAGCCAUUCCAAUCAUUGGGUCUAGGCAGUCUCCAAAAUGUUCCCUUAGCUGCGAAACCCUCUGGUCAAGGUGCUCUGAGGCUUGGCCCAAGGAGUGAACCAUCUUUGUCGAGCUUAGCAUCAGCCCAGCUUUCAUCAAACCCACCUGGACCACAACAAGAAGCAAUAAAUUAUCCUCCAGCAAGCUCUCUUGGUAACACUGGAAUUUCACUGUCAAGUUUAGCAUCAGCACACCUGUCAUCUACCCCUCAGUUGGACCUCCCUGGCACAAACAGGUCCUCUGCAGAUGGCAGACCUCAUGAUAAAUCCAAAACUGAUUUCUCAAAGCCAGCUGGUUCUUCACUGUCAAGCCUAGCCACUGCUCACCUGUCCCAAGUUCCUGGCACAAAAUCCACACUUGGCUUUCCUAGCUCCUUGACUACCAAGCCCAUUGCUGUUGGAGUCCAAGACCAAGCACCAGCCACAGUGUCAUCGAAAGUCAACCAACCAACUUCUGAAAACAUUCCAGCUAUGUCAAAGUCAGAUCGGACUGCCAAGACAUCAGACUCCUUACAUUCCACCACAAUUCUCACAGAUCCUGAAAUUCAGCUGACUCAAGCUUCAAGUAAAGGACCAACAUUCCCAACGGGAUGCAAACAUCUACCUCUGAAACACUCUGCAGGUUUUAGGCCUGUGUCUGCAGAAGAACCACUGCCUGGUAUUGUCGGAAGUGACUCCAAGACUAGGGUACCAACACCCCCUGGUUUCCAGUCCCGGGCUGCACUGAUGCUGGAUCGCUCAUCUCCAGUCGACCUUCUGAGUCCCGAACCUCAUGACUCUACAUAUCCCCUUGACCCUACUAACAACAAUACGAAACCUCUGUCAAAGUUGCACAAAUUGCGUGCAAGGCAGGACAAGUACUGUCUGCUGGCUAAUCCCUCUGUAUUUGGAAGGGCACUAUGCACAGAGUUUAUUGACCAAUCAAAAGCACUGUCUGAUCAGCAAGGGGUCAGGAUUGCCUCGUACGUCGUCCAGAGACAGCACUCUCGGCCCACUGUGCACAGGCAGUUCUUGUACCAGAGACAAAAGUCUUGGACCACAGGCACAGCGGAUCACGAAGAUGAAAUCAUUCCAUUUGAUUUCUCCUCUCCUUCUCCUGAUGACAUCAUAAGACAGAGGCAGGCGGGAGCAUUUGGUAACACCAAUAGCAAAAGUCUAGGAGCCACAGCACAACCACCCAAGAAGCAGCCCUCUCCAGGCAGAACCAAGCGGCCUUUGCCGGCAGCUGCUGCUGCUGUAGCAAGCGCAGAUGACCCCGCAGUGGCUUCCAUCGCCCCUGAGGUGGCUAAACUCAGCAUGCCCUCUAAGGGAGCCAGGAAGGGAUUCGUACUGGGGCCAGUCCCUUUGCCUUCCGAGAUCGGAGACAAGAGGAGGAAGAGUGCGGUUGGGAAAUCAGGAUUAAGGGGUGAUUUCCUGGAUGGUAUGACAGAUGGCAACAUGAAAAGUGAAUCCAGAGGCAAGCUUCCUACCGUGAUGAGUGCUCCAGACUUGACUGUCAUGGCAGGGUCGUCAGCGGUACUACCUGGUGCCUUGGCAUCAACACGGAGGGAAUCCAAGACGUCUAAGGCCGGGACUAUUGACAUAUCCAAAGAGUACUCCAAACGACAGGAAGGCAAGCAACUCAUAAACCUGGUGGUGAUAGGCCAUGUGGACGCUGGCAAGUCAACAUUAAUGGGGCAUUUAUUAUAUCUACUAGGACAGGUGAACCAGAGACAGAUGCACAAGUAUGAGCAGGAAUCCAAGAAGCAAGGCAAGGCAUCCUUUGCUUAUGCCUGGGUGCUGGAUGAGACGGGAGAGGAGAGGCAAAGGGGAAUCACCAUGGACGUAGGCUUAACCAAUUUUGAGACUCCUAACAGAACAGUAACUCUCCUAGAUGCACCGGGUCAUAAAGACUUCAUCCCCAACAUGAUCACAGGAGCUGCACAGGCCGACGUGGCGAUCUUGGUGGUAGACGCCACUAGAGGGGAAUUUGAGACGGGCUUUGACUCGGGUGGUCAGACCAGAGAACACGCCCUCCUGGUGAGGUCACUAGGGGUCACUCAGCUGGCUGUGGCUAUCAAUAAACUGGACACGGUAGGCUGGUCAGAAGAACGGUUCAACGAGAUCGUGGGGAAGCUGGGACAAUUCCUAAAACAGGCAGGGUUUAAGGAAUCGGAUGUUCAGUACAUUCCCUGCAGCGGGCUGACGGGUGAAAACCUGAAGGACAAGGCCAAAGAACCAGCUCUGACUAAAUGGUACAACGGACCAUCCCUAGUUGAUACAAUAGACGGUUUGAAAUCUCCUAAGAGACCCAUUCACAAGGCUUACAGACAGUGCGUAUCUGAUGUCUUCAAAGGUAUGGGUGCAGGUAUCAGCAUCGCUGGGAAGAUAGAAUCGGGCGGUGUGCAAGUUGGAGACAGAGUUGUCAUCAUGCCAACAGCUGAACAUGGACAAGUGCGAGGUAUCUACAUCCAUGAGGAGGAGACCAAAUGGGCCUGUGCAGGGGACCAUGCAACAGUGGUGGUAACCGGCAUAGAUCAAGGCAACAUUGGUGUUGGCAGUGUAAUGUGUAGUGUAGACCAUCCAAUCCCAGUCGCUAGUCGCUUCCGAGCCAGAGUCAUCAUGUUCAACUUGGAUGUACCAGUCACCAAAGGCUUCCCAGUGUUGCUACACUACCAGACUGUCAGUGAACCAGCCAUUAUCUGUAAAUUAAUCAGUACACUACAUAAGAGUACCGGGGAAGUCCUACAGAAGAGGCCAAAGUGUCUGACGAAGCAGAGCAAUGCCAUCAUAGACAUAGAGACCAGCCGGCCAGUCUGUCUGGAGCUGUAUAAAGACUUCAAGGACUUGGGCCGGUUUAUGCUUCGUUACAGUGGGUCUACCAUCGGUGCAGGAGUCGUCACAGAGAUCAAGAGGUAGCUGAAACAGAACUUGAAAGUUGGACCCAGAGAAUCUGCUCAAUCUCCCUGAAGCAUUGGCUCCCGUUAAUCUGCAGUGGAAUGCUCUGUAAUCUUUGACUUGCUGCAAUGGGUGCAUAAAGUAGGGUUUUCUGCCACCUGUGCCAGAUUGUAUUUAUAUGAACCCCUUGAUGCACAGGGCGGUUGCUCGCAACUGCCCCCCCCCCCC